CGUUUCCGGCGGGGGGAGGGGUUGGGGGGUUUUGUCCCCUGCUCCGGCGUUGAAAUGGCUGGAAAACCUCUGAGAGUACUGGCCUGUGGGGAUGUUGAAGGAAAAUUUGAUAUGUUGUUCAAUAGAGUGCAAGCUGUUCAGAAGAAAAGUGGAGAAUUUGAUCUGCUUUUGUGCGUUGGGAACUUCUUUGGCUCUACUCCAGAGGCGGAGUGGGAGGAAUACCGGACAUGUGCCAAGAAAGCUCCUAUUCCAACGUAUGUCUUGGGUGCCAAUAACCCGGAAACUGUACAUUAUUUUCCAGAUGUCAAUGGCUGUGAACUAGCUGAGAACAUUACAUACUUAGGUCGUAAGGGUAUUUUCAGCGGCACCUCAGGAUUGCAGAUUGCCUACCUGAGUGGUACAGAAUCCCUGAGUGAGCCAGCUCCUGCCUACAGUUUCAGCUCCAAGGAUGUGUCAGAACUGAAAAUAUCUUUAUUAUCUACUCCAAAAUUCAAAGGUGUCGAUAUCUUGCUGACAUCCCCCUGGCCCAGAGGUGUAGGGAAUUUUGGAAAUAAACCUGGAGAAAUGGAUACUAAGAGAUGUGGAUCUGUGUUAAUAUCUAAUUUAGCCACAAGUCUGAAGCCAAGAUAUCACUUUGCUGCAUUGGAGAAGACCUAUUAUGAAAGACUUCCUUAUAGAAACCAUGUGGUCCUACAGGAGAAUGCACAGCAUGUGAGCAGAUUUAUAGCUCUUGCCAACGUUGGCAAUACAAGCAAGAAAAAGUAUCUCUAUGCAUUUAGUAUUCUCCCAAUGCGCUCAAUGGACCCUGCAGAGCUAGUGAAACAGCCACAGGAUGUCACUGAAAACCCAUAUCAGAAAUCUGGGAAAGAGGCACAUCAGCCAAAGAUGCUCUCAGGUGCAGAGGAAGAACCAGCUUGUCAGUUUUUCUUUGAUUUGAGCAAACAGCAUGGAAAGAAGCGGCCAUCAGAUGGAAAGGGGGGACAGCAUUCCCAGCUCAAGCAGCCUAAGAAAAUCCAUCAGCCAACUGGCCCCUGCUGGUUCUGUCUUUCCAGCCCUGAAGUUGAGAAACAUUUGGUUGUUAGUAUCGGCACACACUGCUAUCUUGCCCUUGCCAAGGGUGGCUUAUCAAAUGAUCAUGUCCUGAUUUUACCUAUUGGGCAUUACCAGUCAGUGGUUGAACUUUCUUCAGAGGCGAUGGAAGAAAUAGACAAGUACAAAUCUGCCCUGAAGAAGUUUUUCAGAAGCAAAGGAAAAAGAUACGUGUUGUUUGAAAGAAAUUACAGGAGUCAGCACCUACAGCUGCAGGUGAUUCCUGUACCACUCAACUGCUGUGCUACUGAAGACAUUAAAGAGUCCUUUAUUUUACAAGCACAAGAACAGGAGAUUGAAUUAUUAGAAAUCCCAGAGCACUCGGAUAUCAAGCAAAUUGCACAGCCGGGGACACCUUAUUUUUACGUUGAACUGGAUACUGGAGAGAAGCUUUUUCACCGAAUUAAGAAAAAAUUUCCCUUGCAGUUUGGAAGGUUUGGAAGUGUUGGCGAGCGAAGCCAUUCUGAAUGUUCCAGGGCGAGCGGACUGGCAACAGUGUACAGCCAGCCGGGAUGAGGCAGAGGCCACUGCCAAGGCCUUCCGGGAAGACUUCCAGCCUUUUGAUUUUUCUGAGCUGCAGUAAUGCUACGGACCCUGCGGACGCUUCUUCCUGCCUCGUCAGCGCCGCUGCCCUUGUCCUGGGCUGGGCACGCAGCCGAACUCAAUCCAUGCUGGGGCAAGGUGCCGGCAGGGCAGGGCGCAUGCACCUUUUACACCUGCAAUAAACUUUCUACUUUUCUGUG